GUGCUGUGCUAACUAGUGGGGGAGCCUGAAGACCUAUUGCUAAGUGGCUGGCAGAGUGAAGCAGUUUGCAGCAUGUUGGAGCAGCCCAUGGAACAACUUUAUUUCUGACUCUCUUGGGUGCUUGAGAAGAACCGUCCCCAUGCUACUAACACUGAUGAUUCUGGGUCUUGCUGCCUUCAUUGGUACUUCUGAGAGUCAGACAGGAUGCUAUGGUAACAUAAACAAGGUUGAUACCACUGGAGCUUCCUGUAGAACUGCAAAAGCAGAACGCUUAUCCUACUGUGGAGUUCGUGCUUCAACAACAAUUGCAGCUAAAGACUUAAGUGCUAUGAGCAAUUAUAAAACCAUCAUUAAGAACGCUGGAAGAAAAAGAUGUGUGGAUCCAGCUGUGAUUGCUGGUAUCAUCUCUCGAGCGUCACAUGCUGGAAAGGCUCUAAAGGAUGGCUGGGGUGAUCGUGGAAAUGGAUUUGGUUUGAUGCAGGUUGAUAAACGCUACCAUAGAUUGGUUGGACGAUGGAAUAGUGAGGCACAUGUCCUUCAGGGGACAGGCAUCCUUGUUAGUAUGAUUAAGGGAAUCCAGAAGAAGUUCCCCAGAUGGACAAAGAACCAACAGCUGAAAGGAGGGAUUUCUGCCUACAAUGCAGGACUACGAAACGUCCAAACCUAUAAUAAAAUGGACAUUGGCACAACCGGCAAUGACUAUGCCAAUGAUGUCGUUGCACGAGCCAAGUUUUUUAAGAGAAAUGGAUACUGAAUCUGGGAGUUCUCUCCUUUUCAAAUACAUUCUGGAUCUUACAAUAAUUAGUGAGGUGUUCAGGAGAGACACUGUAUAUCUGGGGAGAUUAGAAGCUGGAACCUGCAAAACCUUACUGAUGUAAAUAAACCCAUUGUGGGAAGAUUUGCUUAAAUAAGGAUUUGCAGUCUCAGGUGCCAGAUUUUUAAAUUCUAUAAUCAGUAAAACAUUGGUCAUAUCAAAGGAAAUAGUUAUGAGAGUAUUAAUAAGAUCCUACUCCAUCUGAUUAUUUCCCUUAUUAAAGCUGCUCAGUCUAGCUAUUAUUAAUCAUCUGCCUUCCAAAUUUCACGCCUAUUUCAAUAUCUGCUGCUGUCUUAAAAAUAAAAGAGGAAAGUAA